AAUAUAUGAACACAUGAGGGAUCGAAUAUGACCAGUGCUAAAAGCCAAGCCUCGCUCCAACACCACCAACCAUCCGGCGACGUUUAGAAGCGCCACUCCUCAACUCCUGAGUCACCGCCGUUUUCUGCUCCUCCGGCCAUGAACUCUCUUUCUCUCGCUCCUUUCUCCUACGCCUGCAACUCUUCUACCCUCCCAAAACUCAAACCUCUAUACACACUUCAUCAUCACCCUUACAAAAACGUCAACCAGAAACGGAGAAUCAGAAAUGGAAAGUGCAGGGCGGAGUUAAUGCACGAUGCGCCGUUUGUUGUCGCUAUGGGUUCGUGUGUGGUCAACUCGUUGGUGUUUCCUCUUCCUGGAGGUCCCAAUGACAUUGAAGAUGGUGAGUCGGCGAUCGAUUCAGCUGAUGCAAGGUUUGCUGUCAUGGGGAUCAUAAGCUUCAUCCCUUACCUCAACUGGAUGAGUUGGGUUUUUGCUUGGUUGGAUACCGGUGAUAAACGUUAUGCUUUAUAUGCCAUUGUUUACUUGGCUCCUUACUUAAGGACGAACUUAUCACUGUCGCCUGAUGAAAGCUGGGUGCCUAUUGCGAGCAUUGUUCUAUGCAUUCUUCACAUUCAGUUAGAAGCGAGCAUCAAGAACGGAGAUCUUCUGGGCUUCCGGUUAUUUAAUUCCACGUUUUCAAAGAAAGAUCUUAGAAUCUCGGAACAGGGUAGAAGAAAAGAUGAACAAAACGGGAAGUUGCUUUCUUCAAAUGAUGAAAUAAGGGAUAUGAUUAGGGGUUGGGGAAUUCCUAAAAAGCAUGCCCGGAAAGCUGAACAUUUGGGUGACAAUGGAGAGGAAGGGUAAAACCGUAGAACCUUGAAUUAUUUGAUUAAGGUAUAAAUCAAUUUGUGUAUUUUAAACAUGGCAAUGUUUUGGGUCAUGGAAGUAGAAAAAGAAAACAGUUGGGAUUGAAUGUGCUUUUUGUUACCACAUUUGUUUGAAACUGUGUCCGCUCACUUCAAUCAUUGGAAUCAUUCAAAUAGGACAAAUAAAUAAUGUUAUGUUAUUUUUUAUGAAUAGAUCUUCAUAUUUACCAAUCA